GAUAAUAAUGCGGGUGAUAAGAGAAAACCAACAUCGGUCUGUGAUCGGAAGUCGUCAUAACCAAAUCAGUUUAAGUAGUCUAUGAAGAGUCGCCUGAAGCUCAUAAGCUGCGCAGUUACCGUUUACUUCGGAGUAUUAUUGAGUAGUAUUUUGCACAAUUUAAUUUGUGUGUUGCGCAUCGAUCAUAUCGUGAGUGAGUUGAAAGAAGAGAAGCAAUUUUUCAAAAUGGGAAAAUUUGUCGUAAUGCUUGUUAUGGAAUUCUUCGUUAUUAUGCCAAUCGUCUUUGGACGUUAUCAUGGACGUUAUGAUUCUUACAAACAAUACUACGAUCAGAUUAACAGCGGGGGACCAAAAUAUCCAACAACCACCUAUAAAAUGAGUAAAGAAUCAUUUUAUGACGUAAAAGAAAACAUGAAACCGCAAUUUGAAGAUAACAGCAAAAAUAAAAUCAAGGGUAUUUUUGAAUUCUCGGAUGAAUGGCAACCAAGAAAUGGUGGCGAUAAUUACGCAUCAGUGCCACGUUGUGAAAAACAAACUUUCUGCGAAGAUGUCCCUAAUUAUCCCCAGGCAUACGUGAACCAAGAGCUUGCUAAGAAUUCCAGCCUGCUGCAAUAUGCGUACCAGGAUGUUAUUGCUGUUUCACCGCGAUUAGACAACGAAGAUAUACCACUUUGUUUGUCCACGGAGCGAUUAAUUCUGCCAAAAACAGCUGUAAAUAUGCAAGAUCAAUGGAUGUACAUUGUUCAAGGAGACGAUAAUUUCCGUCAAAGUUUACGGAUCGAAGCUUGCAACUGUCAAACUUUUAAUGACAUCGACUACCAAUCCGUGCGCCGAAUAGGAUCAGGAACAAUUGGAAUUCUCGCUAACCAGCUUGAGAUGAUCACCUUGAAACAUGGAAAAACGGAAUCUCCGAAAAAUCACAAAGUGGAGUCAACCAAUUAAAGUCAUAGAAGAGGACGCAAAAUGCGAGAUAAUCGAUGGUUUUGCUGAAGGAUACAUCACAUCAUGCAAGCAAAAAUAUAUUUAUCGUGAGUUGUCUGCUAUUUCCGCAGACGGCAAGAUCGUCCGCGAUUUCUUUCGACUUCCUGCGAGUUGUUGCUGUCAUGUAGAAUUUAAUGCAGAGGAUGAAAGAGCAAAAAUAAAAUUAUUUUCAAGAAGUCUUCCAUCCUCAGAUCACAAUAUGGUAUAAGACAUACGUAUAAGAAUAUUAAAAAAAAUACUUAAGCUGUAGAUAUUUUUAAACAAUAUUAUUCGUGUUAAAAUAA